AUUUCUCUUAGUGUCUCUUGGCGACUAAAUGAAGACAAAGGUGGACUUGACUUCCCAGGACCAUGAACCCAUCUUAGGGACAGUGCCAGGGAGACAGUCUGGAAAGGAGUGAGGCGAGGUGGGGGUCAGUGUAAGGGAGAAGUUGCAGGUAGGGAAGGAUGAGGCCCAUGGCAGGGAGGGACCUGCAAGGCAGUGCUUUGGUCUGGAGUGGGUUCCUGUGGCCUAGGAUGAGGACCUGUAGGUAGAGGGGACCUGAUGGGAGAUAGGCCCACUGGUGGGCGUGUGGACAAGAGGGCUGGAUUCCCAAGAGAUGAGCUGUCUGUGUGGGAGGUCCCACCCUGUACAUACGGACAGGCCCCCUGACUGCAGGCACAGCUGGGCCCCAUCUGCCUGCCCCUGUGGGGAGGGACACACAGUUCACAAUGGCCUGACACAGGUUAUUUCCUCUCCCAGCUUCCCAGCACGGAAAGGACACUGACUGCUUGGGUCCAGCCCAGUGGUAUCUCAGUUUCUCUAGGACGAACACAGAAUCUCCUUGGCUGAGGCUAUUUCCCCCUGUCCAAGGGGCUGAGAUGUAGCCCAGGAGGCCCCUGAGACAGACAGGGGUGGCUGAAUCACAGGAUACCGGCAGGCACCAAGGCCCCAGGGCUUGUCUGGGCACCCAGGAGGUGGGAUUGAAUCAUCUCCAGCUGUAGUCUGCUCCUGUCACAGGGUUGUGGUCCCCUUGGGUCCCCCCAAAUCAGUCCCUGUUUCCUCCAGCAGUGACCAUCACCGCCCACUCAGUGACAUUGGCAGCCUGGACCUGCAACUCUCAUGGAAUUGGGGAUAUGCCCUCAGCAUCCCUCCCAGAAGUUGUAGGGGGUGCCGUGGGCGGGGGGGGGGGGCUUACGCUUCGGUGAGUCAUGGCAUCGGUGGGGAGGUGGGUGAGGGCGGGCCGCCUGGGUCCCCGCCCGCGCUCCGCCCCUCGGGAUUAGGGACUUUCUCGGCUAGGACGACGGCGAGACAACGGCGGCGGGAACCGGGAACGUGAGGACGCGCAGGCAAGACCGGGACAGGAGGCGCCAGCCUUGCACCCGCCAAGGCUGCAGGGUGGAGGACAGAGGCUGGGGUCCCGGCUGACCGACUCAACCACCCAGGAUGAGGCUGUGGCCUCUAGUGGCCACGCUCUGUGCUGGGAUCCUGGCAGGGGCGCCGCGAGUGCAAGCCCAGGCUAGGGAGAGAGUGACCUGCACGCGCCUUUACGCCGCGGACAUCGUGUUCCUGCUGGACGGCUCCUCAUCCAUUGGCCGCAACAACUUCCGCGAAGUGCGGGCCUUCCUCGAAGGAUUAGUGCUGCCUUUCUCGGGGGCAGCCCGGGCGCAGGGCGUGCGCUUCGCCAUAGUGCAGUACAGCGAUGACCCGCGGACAGAGUUUGGCCUGGAUGCCCUGGGGUCUGGAGGCGACGUUAUCCGUGCCAUCCGUGAGCUCAGCUACAAGGGCGGCAACACUCGUACAGGGGCUGCGAUCCUGCAUGUGGCUGAUCACAUCUUCUUGCCCCAGCUGGCCCGGCCUGGCAUCCCCAAGGUGUGCAUCCUCAUCACAGAUGGCAAGUCCCAAGACCAGGUGGAUGCGGCUGCCCAGAGGCUGAAGGGGCAGGGGGUCAGACUGUUUGCUGUAGGGAUCAAGAACGCCGACCCUGAGGAGCUGCAACGAGUAGCCUCACAGCCCGCCACCGACUUCUUCUUCUUCGUCAAUGACUUCAGCAUCUUACGGACCCUGCUGCCGCUCGUCUCACGGAGGGUGUGCACAACAGCUGGUGGCAUCCCAGUGACACUCCCCACGGAUGACUCAACAUCGGGUCCACGGGACCUGGUGCUGUCCGAGCCAGGCAGCCAGUCCUUGAAAGUGCAGUGGAUGGCAGCCAGUGGCCCUGUGACUGGCUACAAGAUCCAGUACACCCCUCUGACAGGGCUGGGACAGCCGCGGGCCAGCGAGCGGCGGGAGGUGAAUGUUCCAGCCGGUGAGACUAGCACAUGGCUUCAAGGCCUCCGACCACUGACCGAGUACCAAGUGACCGUGGUUGCCCUGUAUGCCAACAGCAUCGGGGAGUCUGUGAGUGGGACGGCUCGGACCACUGCCCUGGAAGGCCCAGAGCUGACCAUCCAGAACACCACAGCCCAUAGCAUCCUGGUGGCCUGGCGGAGCGUGCCAGGUGCCACUGGCUACCGUGUGACCUGGCGGGACCUCCAUGGUGGAGCCCCCCAGCAACAGGAGCUGGGCCCCGGGCAGGGGUCAGUGUUACUGCGGGACCUGGAGCCUGGCACCAACUACGAGGUGACCGUGAGCACCCUGCUUGGCCGUAGUGUGGGGCCUGCCACUUCCCUGACAGCCCGAACUGGCCCCUCCGUUGAGCAGAUCCUGCGCCCUGUCAUCCUGAGCCCCACAUCCAUUCUCCUAUCCUGGAACUUGGUACCCGAGGCCCGAGGCUACCGUCUGGAGUGGCAGCGUGAGAGGGGCUCAGAGCCACCACAGAGGGUGCUUCUGCCCUCUGAUGUGACUCGCCACCAGCUGGAUGGGCUGCAGCCAGGCACCGAAUACCGCCUCACCCUCUACACUCUGCUGGAAGGCCGCGAAGUGGCCACCCCCGCCACCGUGGUUCCCACUGGGCAGGAGCAGCCUGUGGGUCCUGUGACAAACCUGAAGGCCACUGAGCUGCCUGGGCAGCGAAUGCAAGUGUCCUGGAGCCCUGUCCCUGGGGCCACCGAGUACCGAGUCACUGUGCGCAGCACUCACGGGGUUGAGCGGUCCCUGUUGCUCCCUGGAAGUCAGACAGAGUUUGACCUAGAUGACAUCCGGCCUGGACUCAGCUACACGGUGCGGGUGUCUGCUCGUGUGGGUGCCCGUGAUGGCAGUGCCAGUGUGCUCACGGUCCGCCGUGAACCAGAAACCCCACUUGCCGUACCAGGGCUGCGUGUGGUAGCAUCAGACAUGAUGCGAGUGCGGGUGACCUGGGGACCGGUUCCCGGAGCCAGCGGUUUCCGGAUCAGCUGGAGGACAGGCAGUGGUCCGGAGUCCAGCCGGACGCUGCCUGCAGACUCCACUGUGGCUGACCUUGCGGGGCUGCAGCCUGGCACCACAUACCAGGUGGCUGUGUUGGCACUGCGCGGGAGAGAUGAGGGCCCACCGGCAGUCAUUGUGGCUCGAACUGACCCACUGGGUGCUGUGAGGACGGUCCAUGUGACUCAGGCUGGCAGCUCUUCCAUCACCAUUGCUUGGAGCAGGGUUCCUGGUGCCACAGGAUACAGGGUGUCCUGGCACUCAGACCAUGGCCCUGAGCGUUCUCAGCUGGUGUCUGGGGAGGCCACGGUGGCUGAGCUGGAUGGGCUAGAGCCAGACACGGAGUAUACAGUGCAUGUGAGGGCCCAUGCAGUGGGCGUGGAUGGGGCCCCUGCCUCUGUGGUCGUGAGAACAGUCCCUGAACCGGUGGGCAGUGUGUCCAAGCUGCAGAUCCUCAAUGCUUCCAGUGACGUUCUGCGGAUCACCUGGGUGGGAGUCAGUGGAGCCACAGCCUACAGACUGGCCUGGGGCCGGAGUGAAGGUGGCCCCAUGACACACGAGAUGCUCCCAGGAAACACAGAGUCUGCAGAGAUCCGAGGUCUCCAAGGAGGAGUCAGCUACUCCGUGAGAGUGACCGCGCUGGUUGGGGACCGAGAAGGCGCACCUGUCUCCAUUGUAGUCACCACGCCACCGGAGGCUCCCACACCCCUGGAGACUCUUCGUGUUGUGCAGCGUGGGGAGCACUCGCUGAGAUUGCUCUGGGAGCCGGUGCAUGGCGCGCACGGCUUCCGUCUGCGCUGGCGACCCGAAGGUGGUCAGGAGCAGUUCCGGCUUCUGGGACCCGACCUGAACAGCUACCUGCUGGAUGGGUUGGAGCCAGCGACGCAGUACCGCAUCUGGCUGAGUGUGCUGGGGCCAGCUGGGGAAGGCCCUGCCAGGGAGGUUACGACGCGCACAGAGUUACCCCGGGUCCCCAGCACCGAACUACGAGUGGUGGACACGUCGAUUGACUCGGUGACACUGGCCUGGAUACCAGUGUCCGGAGCCUCCAGCUAUAUCCUCUCCUGGAGGCUGCUCCGAGGCUCAGGCCAAGAAGUGGCCGCAGCGCCCCAGACACUUCCUGGGACCUCGGGCUCCCAGCGUGUGACAGAACUGGAGCCGGGGCACACCUACGUCUUCUCCCUCACGCCUGUUCGGGAGGGCGUGCGGGGUCCUGAGAGCUCCAUCACACAGAGCCCAGGGUGUCCUCGUGGCCUGGCAGAUGUGGUCUUCUUGGUGCAUGCCACGCGGGACAAUGCUCAUCGCGCAGGGGCCGUGAGGCGGGUCCUAGAGCGUCUGGUGUCUGCAUUGGGACCUCUGGGGCCACAGGCAGUCCAGGUUGGCCUGCUGUCCUAUAGUCAUCGGCCCUCCCCGCUCUUUCCACUGAACAGCUCCCAUGAGCCCAGUGUCCUCUUGCAAAAGAUCCAGGACAUCCCCUACAUGGACCCAAGUGGGAACAACCUGGGCACGGCUGUGGUCACCACGCACAGGUACCUGCUGGCGCCAGAUGCUCCUGGGCGCCGUCCACAGGUGCCAGGAGUGAUGGUUCUGCUCGUGGAUGAGGCCCUGAGAGGCGACGUCUUCAGCUCCAUCCGAGAAGCCCAGGCAGCUGGUCUCCAGGUGGUGAUGCUGGGCCUGGCAGGAGCUGACCCAGAGCAGCUGCGUCGCUUGGUACCAGGCAUGGACCCCAUCCAGACCUUCCUGGCUGUGGAUGAUGGUGCGAGCCUGGACCGGGCAGUCAGUGAUCUGGCAGUAGCCCUGUGCCAGGUGUCUAUGCUCACUCAGCCACAACCAGAGGAUUGCUCGGUGCAUUGCCCGAAGGGCCAGAAGGGGGAGCCUGGACAGACGGGCCUGCCAGGACACGCUGGGCCUCCCGGCCCCCCUGGCCUCCCGGGCAGGACCGGUGCUCCUGGCCCCCAGGGGCCCCCGGGAAGGACCAACGCCAAGGGCGAGAGGGGCUUCCCUGGAGUGGAUGGGCUUCCAGGCAGCCCUGGCCACCCUGGGACUCCUGGAGCCCCCGGCUUGCCUGGGCCAAAGGGGUCAUCCGGUCCCCGAGGGGAACCGGGAGAGCCAGGGCCUCGAGGCUCGAAAGGAGAGCCGGGAGAGCCAGGACGAGUAAUUGGAGCCGGAAGACUGGGGCUGCCUGGCCAAAAAGGCGACGCUGGACCUUCUGGCCCCCCUGGACCCCGUGGCCCAUCAGGCGACCCAGGACCCCGUGGUCCCCCAGGACUUCCUGGAGCAGUGGUGAAGGGUGACAAAGGUGAUCGUGGGGAACGGGGUCCCCCUGGACCAGGUCUGGGCGACACUCUUUCUGGGGAGCCUGGGCUGCCGGGACUUCCUGGAAGCCCAGGACCCCAAGGCCCAGUGGGGCCCGUGGGAGAGAAAGGAGAAAAGGGUGACUGUGAAGAUGGCAUGCCAGGCCUCCCAGGACAAGCUGGGGCCCCAGGAGAGCGGGGCCCAAGGGGACCUCCUGGAGUCACUGGCCCCAAAGGCGAUCGAGGGCUGCCAGGGGCCCUGGGUGAGACUGGAGAGAAAGGCGAGCGUGGACCCCCCGGCCUAGCAGGACCUCAGGGACUGCCGGGGCUGGUAGGCCGGCCUGGAGCUGAGGGUCCUGAAGGACCACCAGGACCCCCGGGCCGCCGAGGAGAGAAGGGAGAACCUGGUCAGCCGGGAGACCCUGCAGUGGGACCUGGCAGUGAUGGAGUCAAAGGAGAUAAGGGAGAUGUGGGGCCCACUGGGCCCAGAGGAGCUGCUGGAGUGAAAGGGGAACGGGGCCCACCUGGAUUGGCGCUCCCUGGAGACCCUGGCCCCAAAGGAGACUCUGGAGACCGGGGCCCCAUUGGCCUCACUGGCAGAGCAGGACCCCCCGGUGACAUGGGGCCUUCUGGGGAAAAAGGAGACCCUGGGCGACCUGGCCCUGCAGGACCUGUCGGGCCACGAGGACGAGAUGGUGAAGCUGGGGAGAAAGGUGACGAGGGCCCCCCGGGAGACCCAGGUUUGCCCGGCAAAGCAGGAGAGCGAGGCCUUCGGGGGCUGCCUGGAGUUCGGGGGCCUGCGGGUGAGAAGGGAGAUCAGGGAGAUCCUGGAGAAGAUGGCCGCAAUGGCAGCCCUGGACCAUCCGGGCCCAAGGGUGACCGAGGGGAGCCGGGCCCCCCAGGACCUCCUGGACGGCUGGUGGACGCAGGACUUGGAGCCAGAGAGAAGGGAGAGCCUGGUGACCGUGGACAGGAAGGUCCUCGAGGACCUAAGGGUGAUCCCGGCCCUCCUGGAGUCCCUGGGGAGAGGGGUGCCGAUGGGCUCCGGGGGCCCCCAGGACCACAGGGAGACACAGGUGUCAGAGGCCCAGUAGGAGAGAAGGGAGACCGAGGCCCCCCAGGACUAGAUGGCCGGAGUGGACUGGAUGGCAAACCAGGAUCCCCUGGGCCCCCGGGGCUGAAUGGUGCUGUGGGCAAAACUGGGGACCCAGGGAGAGACGGGCUUCCAGGCCUCCGAGGAGAGCAUGGACCUCCUGGCCCUCCUGGGUCCCCCGGAGCCCUGGGAAAGCCAGGCGAGGAUGGCAAGCCUGGCCUAAACGGGAAAAAUGGAGAACCUGGGGACCCUGGAGAAGACGGGAGAAAGGGAGAAAAGGGAGAUCAAGGCACCCCUGGGAGAGAAGGUCGCGAUGGCCUCAAGGGUGAACGUGGAGCUGCAGGUAGCCCCGGUCCUCAGGGUCCUCCAGGCCUCCCCGGACAAGUCGGCCCUCCUGGCCAGGGUUUUCCUGGCGUCCCAGGCAGUGUGGGCCUCAAGGGUGACCGUGGAGAGACUGGAUCCAAAGGGGAGCAGGGCCUUCCUGGAGAGCGCGGCCCCCGAGGAGAACCUGGGAGUAUGGUGAAUGUGGAACGGCUGCUGGAAACAGCUGGCAUCAAGCCGUCUGCCCUGCGGGAGAUCGUGGAGAGCUGGGAUGAGAGUUCUGGUGGCUUCCUGCCCAUACCGGAGCGGCGCCGUGGCCCCAAGGGGGACCCGGGUGAACGAGGUCCCUCGGGCAAGGAGGGCCCCAUUGGCUUCCCAGGAGAACGUGGGCUGAAGGGAGAGCGCGGAGACCCUGGGCCUCAGGGGCCACCAGGCCUGGCCCUUGGUGAGAGAGGCCCCCCGGGGCCACCUGGCCUUGCCGGAGAGCCUGGAAAGCCUGGGAUUCCUGGGCUCCCAGGCCAGACUGGGACUGCAGGAGAGGCAGGAAGGCCAGGAGAGAGGGGAGAACGGGGUGAGAAGGGGGCCCCUGGAGAGCAGGGCAGAGACGGCCCUCCUGGACCUCCUGGACCACCUGGCCCUCCUGGGCCCAAGGUACCUAUGGACGAGUCAGGUCCCAGAGCCUCUGGAGAGCAAGGACCCCCGGGACUCAAGGGCGCCAAGGGGGAGCCUGGCAGCGAUGGUGACCGAGGCCCAAAAGGAGACAGGGGUAUGCCAGGCACCAAGGGAGAGCAGGGAGAUCCUGGACAGAGGGGGCACAAUGGCAUCCCGGGUCUGCCGGGAGAGCGAGGAGUGGCUGGGCCUGAGGGGAAGCCGGGUUCGCAGGGUCUGAGGGGGCCUCCUGGAACAGCUGGUAAUCAUGGAGACCCUGGACCCCCUGGUGCCCCGGGUCUCGCUGGUCCUCCGGGACCUCAGGGACCUUCUGGCCUGAAGGGGGAGCCUGGAGAGACGGGGCCCCCAGGACGGGGCUUGCCUGGACCCACUGGAGCUGUGGGACUUCCUGGCCCCCCAGGCCCUUCAGGCCUUGUGGGUCCACAAGGUUCCCCAGGUUUGCCUGGACAAGUGGGGGAGACAGGGAAGCCUGGAGCUCCAGGUCGAGAUGGCACCAAUGGAAAAGAUGGGGACCGAGGAAACCCUGGGGUGCCAGGGUCACCAGGUCUGCCUGGCCCCGUGGGACCUAAAGGAGAACCUGGGCCUGUGGGAGCCCCUGGACAGGUUGUGGUCGGGCCCCCAGGAGCCAAGGGAGAGAAGGGAGCCCCUGGAGGCCUUGCCGGAGACCUGGUGGGGGAACCGGGAGCCAAAGGUGAUCGAGGACUGCCAGGGCCACGGGGCGAGAAGGGGGAAGCUGGCCGUGCAGGGGAACCCGGAGACCCUGGAGAAGAUGGUCAGAAAGGAGCUCCAGGGCUGAAAGGUCACAAGGGUGACCCAGGAGUUGGGCUCCAAGGCUCCCCUGGGCCAGCUGGUCCUCCCGGCAUCAAGGGAGAUCUCGGGCCCCAGGGCCCCCCCGGUGCUCCUGGUGUUGUGGGGUUCCCUGGGCAGCCAGGCCCUCGUGGGGAGAUGGGUCAGCCUGGUCCAGUCGGAGAGCGGGGUCUAGCAGGCCCUCCAGGCAGAGAAGGUGCCCCGGGCCUCUUGGGUCCACCUGGACCACCAGGGUCUGCGGGUGUGCCUGGGGCUGCCGGUGUCAAAGGAGACAAGGGAGACCCUGGAGCAGGGCCACCCGGGCCCCGAGGCGAGCGAGGCGAACCAGGCAUCCGGGGUGAAGAUGGCCGCCCUGGCCAGGAGGGACCCCGUGGACUCAUGGGGCUCCCCGGCAACCGGGGCGAGCGUGGGGAGAAGGGGGAUGCGGGCACUGCUGGGCUAAAGGGUGACAAGGGUGACUCAGCUGUGGCCAUUGGGCCUCCGGGUCCACCAGGAGCCAAGGGGGACAUGGGUGAACGAGGGCCUCGGGGCAUGGAUGGUGACAAAGGACCUCGGGGCGACAGUGGGGACCCUGGUGACAAGGGCAGCAAGGGAGAGCCUGGAGCCAAGGGUUCAGCUGGGUUGCUGGGAGCUCGUGGACUGACAGGACCCAAGGGUGAACCUGGUGCUGCAGGGCUCCCUGGCGAGCCGGGAUCUCCGGGAAAGGAUGGAGUCCCUGGUGUCAGAGGUGACAAGGGCGAUGUUGGCUUCAUGGGUCCCCGGGGCCUCAAGGGUGAACGGGGAGUAAAGGGAGCCUGUGGCCUGGAUGGCGAGAAGGGGGACAAGGGAGAAGCCGGUCACCCUGGCCGGCCUGGGCUGGCAGGACACAAGGGAGAGAUGGGGGAGCCUGGCAUGCCUGGCCAGACUGGAGCCCCCGGCAAGGAGGGCCUGAUCGGUCCCAAGGGUGACCGGGGCUUUGAUGGGCAGCCUGGCCCUAAGGGUGACCAAGGAGAGAAAGGGGAGCGGGGGCCCCCAGGAGUUGGGGGCUUCCCAGGCCCAAGGGGCAAUGAAGGCUCUCCAGGUCUCCCUGGGCCACCUGGGAGUGUUGGUCCCAAAGGCCCCGAAGGACUCCAGGGCCAGAAGGGUGAACGAGGUCCUCCUGGAGAGAGUGUGGUGGGGGCUCCUGGGGCACCUGGGACCCCAGGGGAGAGAGGUGAGCAGGGGCGGCCAGGGCCUACCGGCCCUCGUGGCCAGAAGGGAGAAGCUGCUCUGACAGAGGGUGACAUCCGGGCCUUUGUGCGUCAGGAGAUGAGUCAGCAUUGUGCCUGCCAGGGCCAGUUUAGUGCGUCUGGAUCACGACCCCUCCCUAGUUAUGCUGCAGACACUGCCAACCACCAGCUACACCCUGUGCCUGUACUACGGGUCUCUCAUGUGGAGGAGGAAGCCCAGAGGCCCCCUGAGGAUGAUGAGUACUCUGAGUACUCAGAGUAUUCUGUGGAGGAGUACCAGGACCCUGAGGUGCCCUGGGAUGCCAGUGACCCCUGUUCGCUGCCCCUGGAUGAAGGCUCCUGUACUGCUUACACCCUGCGCUGGUACCACCGCGCUGGGCCCGAUGGCACUGAGGCCUGUCGGCCCUUUGUUUACGGAGGCUGUGGAGGAAAUGCCAACCGCUUUGGGACUCUUGAGGCCUGUAAGCGGCGCUGCCAACCCCAUGUGACCCGGGGCCCCUGAACAGCUGCAACAGGUAUGCUCUCCUAGUGCCUUUCAACUCUGGGGACAAGGUCCUGGGGCAGUGCCCUCAGACUAGGGGAGGUGGGGGACCACAGCCAAGCCCCCAGACAAAAGCAGUUCAACAAGC